AUGUCGACGAUCACUGCCACUGCGCUGCAGAGCUCACGACCCCCUAUCAUCCCCAAGAGCUUCUGUGCGAAGCAGCCGGAAACGAUCCGUCUAUACCCCCUGUCGAACUACACGUUCGGAACGAAGGAGACACAGCCAGAGGAAGAUCCGUCAGUUCUUGCGCGUCUAAAGCGUCUAGAGGAACAUUAUGACAAAUAUGGAAUGCGGAGGACGUGUGAGGGUGUCCUUGUGUGUCACGAACAUAACCACCCCCACGUCUUAAUGCUGCAGAUUGCGAAUGCGUUCUUCAAGCUGCCCGGAGACUACCUUCACCACGACGAUGAUGAAGUUGAAGGCUUCAAGUCACGACUAAACGAGCGCCUAGCUCCUGUUGGCUCGCAGUUCUCCGGAGAAGGCGUCAACGAAGAGUGGGAGAUUGGGGACACACUGGCACAGUGGUGGCGGCCAAAUUUUGAGACUUUCAUGUAUCCUUUCUUACCCGGCCAUGUGACAAGACCGAAGGAGUGCAAGAAGCUUUACUUUAUCCAACUACCGAAGAAGAAGGUACUCUCCGUGCCCAAGAACAUGAAGCUUCUUGCGGUUCCUCUAUUCGAGCUGUACGAUAAUACCGCUCGUUAUGGUCCCCAGCUUUCCGCCAUACCUCACCUCCUUUCCCGGUACAACUUUGAGUUCGUGGACGAGAACGACAACGUCGUUGCUGUGACUCCGGGAACUCCUCUUCCGGAGGGUCUUGAAAUCCCCCGGACCAAGGUCCUCGCUGGAGGUGAUGGACCGAGCGAUGGACAGGAUACUGGCAUGGAGGAUUACACUGGAAGCGGGGAGAAUGGCGGCCAGGGUGCCCAGUGA